AAACGUAUUCGUGACGACGUUAGACUCGUUGUACCUCGGGGUGUAAUAACAGAGAGAUAAAGUUACGCAUUAUAUUCAUUUACAGCCUUUGAUGCAAGUGAACAAUUUGUUAAAAGUGUGAGCCUAGAAUUUUUAAGUUUGUAGACUAGAGCUCACAGUAACGUAACAAUUAACUAAAUGUGGUUUAUUGCAUUUCAUCUGUAGAAAUCAUUACGUCAUGGCAACAGCAUUCUGAACGGGAUGUGAAAUCACGUGGCUGACUUCCCAUAUUUUGCCGCGUUUUGUAAGUAACGUUGAAAGUACAAGAAUUAUAUGUGAACAUUGAGCGUUUGUCGAUUAUGCAUAUCUGUUUAGGAUACCUUAAACUUUUGAAAUGUAAAGAUAAAUGUAACAAAUCUAUAGUGAUGCCCAAAUUGGUGAAUCGUCGGUUCAGAUCUUUAAUGAAAAUAGUAACUUGUUUCGUAUGAAGAAUUUUAUCAUAAUUACCCAUCCGUCCGACAUAUGCAUUAAAUGAUUAAUAUAACUUGACCAGUGGCAGUGAGUGUCAAGGUUAUUACCAAAGGACUAAAUGCCUGUAUUUAACGUUCAACGAACGUGUAUUUCUUCAAACAAUUAACGGUUACAUAGAAAAUGUUUAACGAUGUCUAGGUAUAUGUGGUCACCUGUUUCGGUAAGGCUGUGCUGUUUGGCCGCCAUGACUCCUGCUCUUACAGGAGCGGCGAAUAAAGCCGACACUUUUAAUCACGUACCCUUAUCUCCUUCAAGAGCAUCUAAUUCAAGCUGUUCAGUGUCUCCUGGAAGCUUGUAUAGUAGUCGAACAGAUGAUAUCUGGAAUAGGAUAUCUGCACGUGAAAACAACUGGAUAGAAUCAGCAUGUUCAAAAGGUGGUGGUUUUUAUGUGGCAGCUAAAGAACAAAUCAUACAGAACACGGACAAACUUUCUUUGAAUUCCAUUCAAUUUUCGAGGAACGAACCUUUUUCCUCUUCAGAUGGAAAAGGAAAUAUUGAUGUCAAGUUUAUCUCAUUAAAUAGUUCAAAUCCAAAAAUCCGUUUAGAAACAUUUCCCCCUAGCAGUGCAAAGAACCUAAUACUUGAAACUACCGAAGGAAAGCAAGCAGGUAAUUUUUAUAAUGAAACUAAUUAUCUUUUGCAGGAUAAUAUAGAAACGUCAUUGGAUUAUCUUGCAUCAACUAAUACGGAACAGUUUAAAAAUGAUUUGAACAAUUCAGAAUGCAUUGCUGCAGUUAGGCCUAGUGUCACUGAAAACGAAUCGGAAGAAUUGGUUUUUGAAAGAUCUUAUAGUGAUUUGAGUUUUCCUGAACAACAAUUACAUCCCUACCGAUCGAAAGCCCCUAGUGCAGCUUCAUUGAAUAAAAAGGUAUUACGUAUUAACCAUAUUAGUUUGGAAAGGAGAGCCACUCGGCUUUUGGAAAGAGUGAGGAAAGUUCAGUUAGGUCAGGUGCGUCGGCACUUGCAUGAGCAGUUAAAGGUAUUUGUUGAAUAUCAACAAACAGCCAAGAACAGCCAAUGCAAAAGUCGAAAAACGCUUACACAGAUUACGCAAAAACCAAAUACUGGUGGUGGUAUUUUGAAGAAGAACACCAAAAGUCUUUCGGCGUCAUCGUUAAUCACUCAACAAUCAAAUUUUACUAGGAAGAAAAAUAAUUAUGGUUCUGCCAUUUUGAACGAUAGGUGUGAUGUUAGAGCCAGACACAAAUUGAAUCAACGGUUUAAGCACAAAUCAGUGGUAAAUAAUGAAAUCAAAAAAGCAGUGGAUAGCUUAAUAACAAACCUCAAUUAUCUGGAAUCUGUAGCUGAUUCUGAUGUAACAGAAAGUAGUUCUGGAGGCGAGAGUUGUGACGAAGUUGAAGACGGUGAUAAUCUAAUAAAAGGUUGCCAAACAGCCUAUGAUCGUGCUUUCUGGAGAUGGUCCUUGAACAGAGCAGAAGUAGCCAGCCAUUCGCUUUGGCUACAGGCCCAAAUAUCACAGUUAGGAUACCACAUCAGUCAGUACAACGACCUCUAUCAUCAGCUCCGGGCUAAGAAGAGCCCCGUCACUCUUCACACUUCACUACCAAAUGAGUUCACACCCAGCAAACCAGUGGAGGAGAAACUUGAAAAGUCUAUCGGUUCAAACGAAUUGGAUCUAUUCCGUCCUGUUUCACGCAGAAAUUUUGGAGGCGAAUGUCAUGUUACGGUCAAAAAGAACAAUGAGUGUGCUGAAGCCAUCAAUAACCCUACACUAACAGAGAAAUCAUCAUUUCCAGUGAACUACAAAUACUCAUCAACUCUUUCUUCUCGAAAGUCAUCGUCACCAAUAUCUCGCGAAGUGUCUUCAUCAAAUGCCUUUUUAACAAAACCAUUAUCAUCGUCAGCAUGCAGUUCUUCUUCAUAUCUUCCUUCGUCGUCUACCGCGAGACCAAGUCAUUUUUACAUUAACAAAGAUCCCUCCAAAGAUGCCAGUAAUACAACCAUUGCUGAUCAUGCUAGUCGAACUGUUCCUCUGAAGAGCUUUCGAAAAAGAAAGCUAAUAAGAAUGUCUUCUUUGCGUUUUAUGGAUUGCAAGUCCAUUACCGGGCUAGAUGCAAGCUGUGACUGUUGUUCUUACCGCCAGAGUGAAAUAUUGCCUUGUAUUUUGUGUUGUGGUUCGUCGCACUUUAACCCAAGGGGUGUCGAUUUCUACAUGCGUGAACAAAAACGUGUAGCCUUCUUUGACCGAUCAUUCCAUCCAGUAUUAUCUUCCUCAGAAGAUAUCCAGAAGCCCAUUAAACUGGGAAUUUCAUCCUGUAAAAGAAGACAACAAAAGUUGUGUGCUAAAACCAAGCCAAGUAAUGCACCUAAAACAAAUUACUGGAAAAAUACUUCUCGAACACCACUACCAACUUCCCCUGGGAGAAAGCAUAAGAACAGUGCAGCACAGACAUUAGUGGUCUCUACAAAAUAUAAAAGAAAAUCAAUUAGAAAAAACAGACAAGACCAAAGUAUAUCAGAAAAAUCCAGAUAUGAAGAAAACCUCAAGAAAAAAGGAAAGAGAGCCAGAAAGACAUUAAUAGGUGUUACUUGGAAACAUUCUUCAACUGAACAAGUGAGGAAAACAUUGAAUGAAUUUCCCAGGAAGGUGAAAGCAUCAUGCUCAGGAGCACUGACAGCGAAAUGCACAAAACACAUUUUUUUUUAUUUAACAGCAAGUGGUGAAGGAAGUCAAAUUCAGGAAAGUUUCAAGAAAAGAAAGCUGGAAAAAGCAUUUGACAUUGAUAGCAUUGUUAUACCAUACAGUAUUGCAUCAACAACAAGAGUAGAAAAGCUCCAGUAUAAAGAAAUAUUAACUCCAAAGUGGCGUAUCACUGAAGAUAAGUUAUUGCAUAAGGAGCGUGUGUUUGAUAGAAAACAUGAAUUGCAAUCAAGAUUAACAUGUGAAGACGAAAAAGAGUUUGAAGAUACAACAGACAAAACUUACAUCCAGAGACAUGAAAAGUAUGAAAAAAUGGAGAAGAGUCAAUCUUUAGAGAUUUCGAAAGUCAGUAUAACUGAUCAUAGUCUCUUAUGUAAACAAAAUGAUAAUUUGACUCCAUUUUCUUCUUCUACUGAUUGGGCAGUGCUAAGCUGGAUGACUUCUUUGGGUCAACAUUCAGUAAUUACUAGUGACACAAAGCCAGUAAAAAAUCCACUUUUAACCAGUCAGAUUGGAAAAAGAAAAUUAUCUGUCAGGGCAAGAAAAAGAAGGUUGGGUCGUCCUCCAAAAAGUAAUGGGUCUGAUGUUUCUCCUUAUCCUUCUCGGAUGUUUCCCUUGACAGAGGAAGAGUUUUUGAAAAUGAUGAAACAAUCGCAUCUUCAACAGGCAAAUAAAUAUGACAAUUUGGUCAUUCUUCCUGCUGAAUGUCCUGUUCUAACCAGACCAGGUCUGGAAGAAAAGACAGAUGACUCAGAGUGGAAUAUGUUUCCAGGUGGUAAACUUACCCGAAAGUCCCUGGUUUUGAGGAUGUCUUGAAUAUACAUCAAGAGAAAAUUUAAUAGUCUGAUGUUGAAAUGCAAAAAACUUGUUUCUAGACAUCAUAAUAUUUUAUAAAUUACAAACUGAGGAUUACUUCUUGUUUAAUUAUUAAGCUACCCUGAGAUGAUUUGUUAGUUGUUUUUUUUUACUGAAUGGUAUUUUGAGUAUUUUUUAUGAAGCCUUAUGCACAUAAUGGUCUGGCAAUAUGGACAGGUACAAAGCCCUCUCACAUUGACCUAAAUUUCAUAAAUUUAGGCUGAUUUGAGCUAUUUUGCAACCUAAAAAAAAGAGAAAUGUAAUCUUGGUUGGUAUGUAGGGUCUGUUUACCACUAUGAUCAUCCCUUACCAGUAUGUCUGCUUAAUUGUUUUUUUUUUACCAGUAAUAUAUGACGAUAUUAAGAAGAAAACAGUAUACAGUAAUUAGUAAUGACUAAGCACUUGAAGAUAUUUUGAAAAUUGUAAACCAUUUGAAUUGAGUAAGUACUCAAAAACUGCAUUGGAGAGGAACUUUAGUAAAAGAGAAAUCCAAUAAUAAUAUUAAUAAAUUUCAAGAAGAAACAUAAGAAUCAGAAUCUUAACUUAUUACUUGACUUAUUAAAUAUUUACGUUAAUAAUGCUUGGAGACAGCUUGAAUGGGUAAUUAAAGUUUUUCUUCAUUACCCAUUCAAGCCGUCUCCAAGCAUUAUUAGUCUCAAAGUGGGUUCCUCGUCAUCGAAUUUCAAUAUUAAGUUGAUAAAAUGAGUGUUAGCACACUUGCAAUGCACUAAAAAUGUGUUUAUUAAAAUAGAUUAUAAAAAGGAAAUAAAAAUGUAUUGGUCAGUUCAGAAAAUAAAUUAUGAUACCAAGGAACUUAACUUUGAACUUUGAUUUUAAAAGCUUUUUUUUCUGUAUGUCCUACUUUCAUUUCGAAAGAUACAUGGUUAAAGUAAAGAAUAAACCAAUUACGGGGCGAAGGAUGAAACUUGUAUCUAUAAAAGUUCAAGAAACUUUGCUGUUGAAACUGCGUGUGAAAUCCUUGUAUCAGUGAUGGAUUUUGAUAAAUCACUAUGUAUAAAUUGUAAAAAAAUGAACGAGGUCUUUCUUAUUUUAUUAUAUAACAUUUUUUUCAAAAUGAUCAUUUAUUUUAUCAUCUGUGUUUAAUCAUUUUUGAAUGUGUAUCAGUCUUUAAAAUAUGCCUACGAUAAAGAAAUUGAAAAAAAAAUGUGCAAAAGAAAUAAUCGUGUUAUGUUGCUACAACACUAAAUGUAUUAUGUAAUUUCUAAGAUUUAACAAGGUUUGUUUCCACUAGAACCUUUGGUUAACUUUUCAGAUUUCUAUAAACCUAAGAACUUAUCUUCUGAUGUACAGGUAAUUAGAAAAAAAAAGUUAAAAUAGUUUUGUAUGGUAAGCCUACCUCCACAUAUAGUCAUGAUUGUUAAUAGCUUUUACAUUUUUCAGUGUGAAAUAUUUCUUUACUGACACUAUUUCUGUAAAUAGGAGUUUAACUAUGAGUGUGUUUGUAUAUUUUGGGUUUCAGUAAAGUGGUAGUAGUUGUGGAUUCUUGUAACAACAAAUGUUUCAUAAUUGUAGCUACAACACUGUAGACUGUACACUAGAGUUCUGAACUUAAGUGGCUGGAAAUUUAGAAACUGGUGAUACUGAGUAAUAUUAUUAUUGAUAUUUCUGAGGAUUGAGCAUUAAUAUUUAUAACUUGAUAAUGAGGGUAUUUGUUAAUGACUCUAAUUUUCUGUCCCGUGUUUCUUGUCCAGCAGAAAUUAGUGAUUCUCAGUUACUUGUAAACUGUUGAGUUUUAAUUUUAUUUUUAAAUUAAUGGUUAAAGACAUUCAAUACUAAUUUAAUUUGAGUUUGAAAGUAUAAAUUUAUUCAUUUGUAACUUUUAACUAGUUGACAGUAUAUAAUCCCAUGUGGAAAAUAAUACUCUGCAUGGAAGUAGACUUUUUUGAGUUUGAACCAUUUACUCAAGUGUUUGUGAAGGUGGAAACUCGUGUGUUUGUACAAUUUCAUUUAAUUUGUUUGGAAUAAAGCUACAUUUAGCUUGUAAUUGGUA